AUGGCCUGCAGCCGGCAAGUGCUAGCCCUACUGCUCCUGGCAGGCUGGCUCCUGAGUCCAGGAGACAGCUUCAAAUGCUACACCUGUGAGCAGCCCACAGCCAUCUCCUUGUGCAGAAAAGUGGCCCACUGCCGCCCGGAGGACACGGCCUGCAAAUCCACCCUGGUGACAGUGGAGUCAGAGUUCCCCUUCAACGGGAGCCCCAUGGUGACCGCCGCCUGCGCCACCUCCUGCGAGGCCACGGACCCCGACAUCAUCGGCGCGGCGCACCCCGUCUCCUGCUGCUUCCAUAACCUUUGCAACGUGGUCGGGAUGCUGCGCCAAGGUGCCUGGCGACGCUGGAGGGCCAACGCGCCUCCCUCCUACCCGGGCGAGGCCCCACCCGUGUUCUAG